AUGAACAGCUCACUGGCUCAGCCACUCCAUUAUGCGGGAGGCUACGAACCGCAGGAUUCCAAGGAGUGGAAGGUGGUGAUCCCAGCCUUCCUGGGGGUGAUCUGCCUGGCUGGCUUUGCAGGAAACGUGUGCGUGAUCGGGGUCCUACUGUACAACUCAAAGAAAGGGAAGCCUUCCAUGAUCCAUUCCUUGAUCCUCAACCUCAGCCUGGCAGAUCUGCUCCUUGUCCUCUUUGUUGUGCCCUUCAGAGCAGCUGCUUACUCCAAGGGAACAUGGUACCUAGGCUGGUUUCUUUGCAAAACCUCUGACUGGUUCCGACAUGCUUGCAUGACAGCCAAGAGCUUGACCAUUGCAGUGGUAGCCAAGACUUGCUUCAUGUAUGCCAACAACCCAGCUAAGCAGGUGAACAUUAAGUGGCACACCAUCUGUGCAGGGCUGUUGGCGAUUUGGCUGGUAGCUUUGGGAAUACCGCUGCCCUUGUGGUUCUUCAGCAGCCUUUGGGAGCCAGAGGCUGGCUCUGCUCUGUGCAUUGUGAUUGUUCCAGCCCGCGCUCAUGAGUUUAUGUCAGCCUUCGUCAAACUCUAUCCCCUGCUGGUAUUUUGCCUACCCCUCACCUUUGCUUUCUUUUACUUCUGGAGAGCUUAUGGCAGAUGCCAGCGGAGGGGGACCAAGACUCAAAACCUGAGGAAUCAAAUCCGAUCCAGGUGCCUGACGAUGAUGCUCCUGAGCGUGACUGUCGCCUCCGCUGUGAUGUGGCUCCCUGACUGGAUAUCCUGGCUUUGGCUUUGGCAUCUGAAAGAGGACGGGCCUGCUCCUCCACAAGGGUUCAUGGCCACUACCCAAGUCUUGAUGUUUGCUAUCUCUUCAGCCAAUCCUCUGAUCUUCGUACUCAUGUCUGAGGAAUUCAGAGAGGGUUUUAAAGGCUUGUGGAAAAGGCUUACUUUGAAAAAGCCACUGCCUACCCCAGAAGACCAAGACGAAACAGCAGCUGACAACUCGGAGGGCAUCCCGGAUCCCAUCACUCCUUCACCAGAGGCUGAGUCUCCGAAUCAAGAGAAAGCAACCCCUCCUGCCCCCCACACCUCCGAAAGUAUGGAAAUAAAGAAGGAAAUGCCAGUUUUGCCAGAUGUUGAGCAAUUCUGGCAUGACCGGGAAGCAGUCCCUGAUGCUCAAGACAAUGACCCUAUUCCUUGGGAGCAUGAAGAAGAGCAGACAGUAGGUUGUGAUAAAAAGUCCCUUAGGUCAGAAAGCUGA